UUUACAUCCGGGGCGGCGCCAUGGAGGCCGGGGCUGACAGGAAGCGGCAGCGGGAGGAGGCAGCGGAGACGUCCGACCUGUCCGGGGAGGAAGAUGAUGACUACGUGCCCUACGUGCCCGUCAAGCAGCGCAAGCAGCAGAUGCUGCAGAAGCUGCUGCAGAUGCGGCGGAAGGUGGUGUCGGAGGAGGAGCAGCGGGACAGCGGGAGCGAGCUGCGUGGGGACGAGGAUGACAUCCCCCUGGGGCCCCAGUCCAACAUCAGCCUCCUGGACCAGCACCAGCACCUCAAGGAAAAGGCAGAAGCACGGAAGGAGUCAGCCAAGGAGAAGCAGCUGAAGGAGGAAGAGAAGAUCCUGGAGAGCGUAGCGGAGGGCCGAGCUCUGAUGUCAGUGAAGGAGAUGGCCAAGGGCAUCACCUAUGAUGACCCCAUUAAAACCAGCUGGAGGGCCCCUCGUUACAUCCUGGGAAUGUCGGAGGCCCGGCACGAUCGCGUGCGCAAGAAGUACCACAUCCUGGUGGAGGGGGAAGGCAUCCCACCCCCCAUCAAGAGCUUCAAGGAGAUGAAGUUCCCAGCAGCUAUCCUAAGGGGCCUGAAAAAGAAAGGGAUCCAGCAGCCAACACCCAUUCAGAUCCAGGGCAUCCCCACGAUCCUCUCAGGAAGGGACAUGAUUGGCAUUGCCUUCACUGGCUCUGGGAAGACCCUGGUGUUCACCCUCCCGGUGAUCAUGUUCUGCCUGGAGCAGGAGAAGAGGCUGCCGUUUUCCAAGCGAGAAGGGCCUUAUGGACUCAUCAUCUGUCCCUCGCGGGAGCUGGCCCGGCAGACGCACGGCAUCAUCGAGUACUACUGCCGCCUGCUGCAGGAGGAUGGGCUGCCCCCCCUGCGCUGUGCCCUCUGCAUCGGGGGCAUGUCUGUCAAGGAGCAGAUGGAGACCAUCAAACAUGGUGUACACAUGAUGGUGGCAACCCCUGGCCGCCUGAUGGACCUGCUGCAGAAGAAGAUGGUGAGCCUGGACAUCUGCCGUUACUUGGCCUUGGAUGAGGCUGACAGGAUGAUUGAUAUGGGCUUUGAGGGGGACAUACGUACCAUCUUUUCCUACUUCAAGGGCCAGCGGCAGACCCUCCUGUUCAGUGCCACGAUGCCCAAGAAGAUCCAGAACUUUGCCAAGAGUGCCCUAGUGAAGCCCAUCACCAUUAACGUUGGGCGAGCAGGUGCUGCCAGCCUGGAUGUUGUGCAGGAGGUGGAGUAUGUGAAGGAGGAGGCCAAGAUGGUGUACCUCCUGGAGUGCCUGCAGAAGACUCCACCACCUGUGCUGAUCUUUGCGGAGAAGAAGGCAGAUGUGGAUGCGAUCCAUGAGUACCUGCUGCUCAAGGGUGUAGAAGCUGUGGCCAUCCAUGGAGGGAAAGAUCAGGAGGAGCGGACAAAAGCUAUUGAGGCUUUCCGGGAUGGGAAGAAGGAUGUCCUGGUGGCUACUGACGUCGCUUCUAAGGGCCUGGACUUCCCAGCCAUCCAGCACGUCAUCAACUAUGACAUGCCAGAGGAGAUUGAGAACUAUGUUCACCGUAUCGGGCGUACAGGCCGUUCAGGCAACACGGGCAUUGCCACCACCUUCAUCAACAAGGCCUGCGAUGAGUCGGUGCUGAUGGACCUGAAGGCCCUGCUGCUGGAGGCGAAGCAGAAGGUGCCACCUGUGCUCCAGGUGCUGCACUGUGGGGAUGAGACUAUGCUGGAUAUUGGAGAUGAGCGGGGCUGCGCCUUCUGCGGCGGCCUGGGCCAUCGCAUCACCGACUGCCCCAAGCUGGAGGCCAUGCAGACCAAGCAAGUCAGCAACAUCGGCCGCAAGGACUACCUGGCCCACAGCUCCAUGGACUUCUAGCCCAGGGAGGGUGCUGCCCUUCCCCCUGCGUGGGCUGUGCUUCCCUUGCAGCCGCCCUCGCCUUUCCCAAGCCCAGGGGCCUGGCUGCGCCGCUGUGGCUCCUUUUCCAGGCAUUUGGCCACCAGGGCUGUUGCCAGCUCAGCCUGACAAAGCUCCCGCCGGGGGGAAACGUGUGGAGCUGUGCUGCAAUAACCCCUUACGUCAGCAGCACUUGGGCAAGCAGGUAGCAGUCCCUAAGGGGAGGAGGAAGCCUCAGGUGCUGGUCUGUGGCCAGCUGCCCUGCAGUGAUGUGGCCAGGGUCUUGCAUUGCUCCUCUCUAAAGCUCCUCUGUUCCUCUGGGACCAUCCUCCUUAACCUGGUUCUGCGCCUCCUCGGCUGGUUGCUGUUCUUGUAUCCCCCAAAUGUGCUCCAAUGCAGCUGGGGCGAGGCAGAGUGUGCUGGGCUCCUGUUGUGCAGUCACCUGGGUGCUUCCUGAGCUCUGCCUGCGCAUGUUCUGCCCCUCUGCGAGUCAGGGGGCAGACGGACAGACACCUCCUUGGCCCAGCCUCUGCCCCUCAUCCCACACACCGAAAAGGGGAAGUCACUGUGAGAAGGAAGUCUGCCCCAUGCAGUUACUUGAGCUGCAGCAGUCACAUUUUCUCGGCUGCUGGUAGCACCAGUCCCCCAUCCCUGCGCUGGGCACAUGGAGAGACCGGUGAAGGAUGGGAUCCUCUAUGUGCAGCACUGCAAGUUUGGAAAGGUAAAGGGUGGAUUCGGGACCGGGCACAGGUUUACCUUCAUCUUUCUUGAUGCCAGGCCUGGGGCCUCAGCAGCCUGGGAAGGGGGCACUGGAGCCAGACCCCUGAGAGCUGCCCGGGGGGGGGGUCUCUGGGCUCUGCAGCCCCAGGAGCAGGGCUCUGCCUGCAGCCGAGGGGACUCAUCUGUACAGGCACCUGCUUGGGCUCACCCCUGCGCAGGGUCCCUCUUCUCGCUUGGUCACCGCGCAAUUCACAGUGAGACAAUAAACGUGUGUUAACGAGGA